UUCGCAGGUGGGAAAGGAACGCCGGCAUAUCUACCCAUGUCAAGUUAAACAUUAAAACGCGCAGAUAUGUCGUCUGUGAAGGACUUAGAGUUAGGCGAUAGCCGCGUUGAAUUUAUAGCGGACUACGUGAUAAAAACGACAAAAUGCAAGCCAGACAAGUUCAUGAAGAUGUACAACGUGGACGAAACGAAACAAAUGAUCUUGGAAUGGUUCGAAAAGGCAGACCUCCAAUCGCUCAUCAUUGUGAGUAACCCAGGCGGGUCUCUGACUGCACAGUAUGAAUGGCCAUCGAACCCUAAGCAGAAAGCUUGUUAUUUUGUGAAGAAGUCCAAAGAAGCACUUCCAAAGGACAUUCCAUUUAGACAAGCUGUUUUGUAUGGUGAUCUGUCAUACUCGCCAUUGGAUCAACUUUCUGCGUUUGUAGAUGAGGUUCUUGUGCCGCUACUUUCCAAUGAGAGAAACCAUGACCACUGGCCAAAUGUUGUCUCGAAAGAUGUUACACGCCAUGUCCACAACUUGAAAGGAAAUGUGUUUGUUGUCUCCGGUCAAGCCAAGGGCAAAACCCUUCUGCCCCUGCCUGUUGGAGCUGAAAGAGUCCAUGAGAUUGAGCUGGACAGUGCCGACAGCCUUGACAGAGCUUUGAUUCACACCAUUGAGUCAAUGGUCAUUGAGUGGACUCAUCAGAUCCAAGAUGUGCUGAAGAAAGACUCUGCUCAGCCUCUCCUUGAGGGCUUGAAUCCUACACCUUUUGUUGAGCUUGAGUUCUGGAAGAACAAAGCAAUGAACUUAGAGUGCAUCUAUGAACAGCUGAGGGAUCCUAAAGUGCGAAAGAUGGCUGAGCUGUUGGAGAAGACUGGAAGCAGCUACUUCAUCUCAUUCAAGGAGAUCUUCCGAGACUGUGUUGCAGCUCUGACAGAGGCACAGGACAUCAACAUGUACCUUAAACCCAUGCGACACCAUUUUGAGGACUAUGAGCAGGCUGAGUUUGAUGAGAGCAAGAAGCUGUUUGGUCCCAUGAUGAACGCCCUGUGUCUGGUGUGGGCCAACUCAGAGUACUACAACACACCCGCGCGCAUCAUUGUUCUCCUGCAAGAAAUGUGCAACAUGAUCAUUCAGAUGGCAAGCAACUUCCUGGAGCCAAUGGAGCUCUUCAAAGGUGAGGUGGAGGAGGUGAUUGGCAAGGUGCGUAAGGCAUGUGACGUGUUGAAGGGUUUCAGGGAUGAGUAUGAGGUCCACCGCAAGAAGCUAUCUGAGUACUUCAAGGAUGGGAAGGAGCCCCGGGAAUGGGAGUUUGCUCCUCAGCUUGUCUUUGCAAGAUACGACAAGUUCUGUGAACGGGUGGAAACUGUCAAGGACCUGAUGGAGUCUGCCCUGGAGUUCAUGAAGCUGGAGAAGGUUGAGCUGGGUGGGAUCAAGGGCAAGGUGCUCAGCCAGCAGGUUGUCAACAUCUUUGAGGAGUUCCACGCACAUUACAAGGUCUUCACAGACGCCACCUAUGACUGCCUCGAUCCCAACGAUCCGACAUUCAUCAAUGAAUACCACAAGUUUCAAGAGAUUGUGGAAGACUUUGAUCGCAGGAUGGCCACCAUCAUCUGCCAGGCUUUUGAUGAUGCAUCUGGUUUGGAAAAUGCAUUUAAGCUGCUAGACAUCUUGGGUACCUUGCUAGACCGACCACUUAUCAAGAAGGACUUUGAAGAAAAAUACCCAAUCCUUGUAGACAUGAUGAACCAGGAACUUGACACAGCCAAGGAGAUCUACGACGCGCAGAUGACCCUGAAGGCAGAAAGAGGCAAGAUUCCCAUCCACAAGAACAUGCCCUACAUGACUGGUGGCCUUAAAUGGGCACAGGAGCUCCGGGAGAGGAUCAGCAUCCCCAUGGCCAACUUCAAGCACCUUGAACACCCAGAGUACUUCAAAGACCAUAUAAGAGCAAUACGGCCUCAGCCUGAGGACAUUAAGCCAUGCACGAUGGCGGCUGGCAGGCACAUCCAUUAUGCUGCUCCUCCCGAGUUUCAACAGCUCUGGUCCAGUGUGAUGGACAGUGAGAAUGCGAAGCUUGUGUUCACCAAGCACCAGGAGAUGUUGGACCUGCUUGCCAAGUGGGAUCAGGACCUCUACAAGGAAUGGAUUGCUGGUGUGGAUGAGGCCUGCUCAUUCAACCUCAACCAACCGCUUAUCAACCGCAAUGAGGAGACAAAGAUCAUAUCCGUCAACUUUGACCCUCAGCUUGUAGCAGUACUGCGGGAAGUAAAGUACCUCGAGGUUCGCUCAGAGGAGGAGGUCCCAGCAGCCGCAAAGGAGAUCUACAGUCGCUAUGACACACUUUGGAAGUUUGUGACAAACCUAGACCUGACUGUGAGCCUGUACAACAAGGUGCGCACUACCGUCCUAGAAGUGGAGUUCCCCCUCAUCGAGUCCCAGAUCGCUGACAUCGACAGCAAGCUCCAGCAGGCUGAAACCACCUCUAACUGGAACAGUGAUGGAAUCUGGGAAUACAUUCAGAGCACAAGAGACACAGUGAUUGACCUUGAAUCGCGCGUGCAGCAGACAAAGAACAACGUUGAGGAGGUUCAGAAGCUGAUGUCGACAUGGAGCAAGAACCCGCUCUUCACAAGGAAGGAAGAGAAGAAUGACACGCUGCUCAACCUCACAGACAGGAAAGAUCGUCUAGAGAAGCGCUACAAAGAGAUCACAGACCUUGGAGACCAGAUCCAUGGACUCGUCAAGAAAAAUCUCGAGUUGUUCAAGGGAGACAGCACGUCUGACAUCUGGAAGGCGUAUGUCGACUAUGUGGAUGAGAUGGUGGUUGACGGCUUCUUCAACACGAUCCACUGCAGUCUCAAGUUCCUCCUGGACAACACCGAUGCCAAAAACAACCCAGAUGACCUCUUCAAGGCACUACUAGAGCUGCAGGCUCCUGAGAUGAUUUUCCAGCCAUCACUGGAGUUUGGCGUCCCCGACGGCUUCUAUGACCUUGUUGAUGGGCUGGUUGGUGACAUCUACAAACAGGCCUCCCUCAUCAAACGCCUUGCUGCUCAUAGUGGACAGGACCAUUACCAGCCAGACCUGGAGGAUAUGGAGGAGCUCUCUGAGAUGAGACAGGAGCUCAUGGACCGCAUACACAACAUCAUGAACAAGAGCAUGGAGUACAGAAACUCCUUUGACAACUACGCCUACCUCUGGGUGGAUGACCGCAAUGAGUUCAUGCGCCAGUUCCUGCUGUAUGGCCAUGUGCUCACCACGGAGGAGAUCGAACAGCAUGCAGAGGAUGGUGUCCCCGAAAACCCACCCACUCUCAAGCAGUUCAAAGAACAGAUUGACACUUAUGAGAAGAUCUAUGAGGAGUGUGAGCAGAUCAACCCUGUGAAGGUGUUUGACCACUGGUUCCGUAUCGACAGCAAGCCGUUCAAGCAGGCCCUGCUCAACAUCAUCAAACGCUGGAGCUUUAUGUUCAAACAGCAUCUUAUUGACCAUGUCACCAACAGCUUGAAGGAGCUGGCAGGCUUCAUCAAGGUGACAGACAAUGGUCUCACCAAGCCUGUGGAGGAGGGAGAUUACAAUGGGUUGGUGGGUUGCAUGAUGCACCUUUCUGCUGUCAAGGAGCGCCAGGCCAACACUGACGACAUGUUUGAACCACUCAAGCAGACAAUUGAACUGCUGAAGACUUAUGACCAAGAGAUGCCUGAGGAAGUUCACAUGCAGCUGCAGGAGCUGCCAGAGCAGUGGAACAACACAAAGAAGAUUGCCAUCACGGGUAAGCAGCAGGUGGCUCCACUUCAUGCUAAUGAGGUAGCCAACAUCCGUCGCAAGAGUGCCUCAUUCGACGUCAACCAACACAAGUUCAGGGAAAGGUUCCGUGCCAUUCCACCUUUUAAGUAUGACUGCGAAAGGCCGUAUGAUUCUCUAGAUAAGUUCCAUGAGGAGAUUGCUGUGAUGGAGAAGGAGAUGAGGGCCCUGCUAGAGUCAGCCAGCCUGUUUGAGGUGAAUGUGCCAGACUUCAAGCAGCUCAAGCAGUGUCGCAAGGAGAUCAAGAUGCUGAAGACAUUAUGGGACUAUGUGGUCAUGGUGCGCAGUAGCAUCGACGAUUGGAAAACAACGCCCUGGAAGGAAAUCAAUGUCGAGCAGAUGGACAUGGACUGCAAGAAGUUUGCCAAGGAUAUCAGGUCCCUUGAUAAGGAGAUGCGUGCUUGGGACACGUACACUGGUGUGGAGAACACAGUGAAGAACAUGCUCACAUCACUGAGGGCUGUCAGCGAGCUCCAGAACCCAGCCAUCAGGGAGAGACAUUGGCAGCAGCUCAUGGCAGCCACUAAGGUGCGUUUUGUGAUGGAUGAGAGCACUACACUGGCUGACUUGCUAUCACUAAACCUGCACAACUUUGAGGAUGAUGUUCGCGGUAUUGUUGACAAGGCUGUGAAGGAAAUGAGCAUGGAGAAGGUGCUGAAGGAGCUUGAUGUCACUUGGGCCCAGAUGGAGUUUGAACAUGAUCCCCAUCCACGAACAGGCAUCACCAUGCUCAAGACCAGUGAGGAGUUGAUUGAAACCCUAGAGGACAACCAGGUGCAACUGCAAAACAUGCUCACAUCCAAGUACAUCGCCCACUUCCUGCAGGAGGUUUCUGGCUGGCAAAAGAAGCUGUCAACGGCUGACCAGGUAAUCGGCAUCUGGAUGGAGGUGCAGCGUACAUGGUCACACUUGGAGAGUAUUUUCAUCGGUUCAGAGGAUAUCAGAAACCAGCUGCCAGAGGACUCCAAGAGAUUUGAUGGCAUUGAUACUGACUUCAAGGAGCUUGUGAAGGAUGUAGAAAAGACCAAGAAUUGUGUUGAGGCAACAAAUAUUCCAAACCUGUUUGACAAGCUGGAGGGGCUGCAAGGCAAUCUUACUCUGUGUGAGAAGGCCCUGGCCGAGUACCUCGAGACCAAGCGACUUGCCUUCCCCAGGUUCUACUUUGUGUCCUCUGCUGAUCUUCUCGACAUCUUGUCCAAUGGAAACAACCCUACUGUGGUUGCUAAGCAUCUGACAAAGCUGUUUGACAGCAUGGCGAAGUUGAAGUUUCAGCAGGAUGACAAAGGCAACAAUACGAAGGUUGCUCUUGGCAUGUUCAGUAAGGAUGGUGAAUAUGUCGACCUCGACAAGGAAUGCGAUCUUGGAGGACAGGUUGAGGUUUGGUUGAUGCGUCUACUGGAGUCCCACUGUGCUACUGUGCGAUACCAGAUGACUGAGGCCGUCAAGUCAUACGAGGAGAAGCCCCGUGACCAGUGGCUGUUUGACUUCCCGGCACAGGUGGCACUGUGUGGCACACAGAUCUGGUGGACCACUGAGGUCAAUUUUGCCUUCAGCAGACUGGAAGAGGGCUACGAAAAUGCUCUGAAGGACUAUAACAAAAAACAGAUUACCCAGCUAAAUGCUUUGAUCGUCAUGUUGAUAGGCAAACUGAGUUCUGGUGACCGCCAGAAGAUUAUGACCAUUUGUACCAUAGAUGUGCACGCUCGUGAUGUGAUCAGCAAACUGAUCACUACCAAAGUUGACAGCUCACAGGCAUUUGCCUGGCUAUCUCAGCUGCGCCACAGGUGGGAUGACAAUGAACGUGACUGCUUUGCAAACAUCUGUGAUGCGCAGUUCCGAUACUCCCAUGAGUACUUAGGAAACACACCACGUCUGGUCAUCACACCACUUACUGACAGAUGCUACAUCACCCUGACCCAGUCCCUUCAUUUGAUCAUGAGUGGUGCUCCUGCUGGGCCCGCCGGUACUGGCAAGACAGAGACAACCAAGGAUCUUGGUAGAGCCCUGGGCAUCAUGGUGUAUGUGUUCAACUGCUCAGAACAGAUGGACUACAAGUCGAUUGGCAACAUCUACAAGGGUCUGGCUCAGUCAGGAGCUUGGGGAUGCUUUGACGAGUUCAACCGUAUCGCUGUAGAGGUGUUGUCUGUGGUUGCUGUGCAGGUGAAGUGUAUCCAGGAUGCCAUCAAACAUAAGAAGGCUCGCUUUGACUUCCUGGGAGAAAACAUCGUGCUGAAGCCCACUGUUGGGAUUUUCAUCACCAUGAACCCAGGUUAUGCCGGACGAACUGAGUUGCCAGAGAACCUCAAAGCACUCUUCAGACCAUGUGCUAUGGUUGUGCCAGACUUUGAGCUGAUUGCUGAGAUCAUGUUGGUGGCUGAGGGCUUCCUUGAGGCUCGUCUGCUGGCCAGGAAGUUCCUGACACUGUACAGUCUGUGCCGGGAGCUGCUAUCCAAGCAGGACCACUACGAUUGGGGUCUUCGCGCUAUCAAGUCUGUGCUCGUGGUCGCUGGUGCUCUCAAGAGAGGAGACCCUGACAGACCAGAGGAUCAGGUGUUGAUGAGAGCUUUGAGAGAUUUCAACUUGCCAAAGAUUGUGACAGACGAUGUGCCCAUCAUCAUGGGUCUGAUUGGAGAUCUGUUCCCGUCACUGGACGUGCCCCGUAAGCGAGACAUGGACUUUGAGAAGCUGAUUAGACAGGCCACCCUCGACCAGAAACUCCAGCCAGAGGACAACUUCAUUCUCAAGGUUGUACAGCUACAGGAGCUGUUUGAUGUGCGUCACUCGGUGUUCCUGCUGGGACCUGCAGGCGCAGGCAAGAGCAAGGUGUGGAACACCCUCAUUAGGACAUACAGGAACCAGGGACGCAAACCACAGGCCAUCGACCUUGACCCUAAGGCUGUUACUAACAAUGAGCUGUUUGGUAUCAUCAACCCUUCCACUAGAGAAUGGAAAGAUGGAUUGUUCUCUGUCAUUAUGCGUGACCUGGCCAAUCUGACCACUGAUGGACCCAAGUGGAUUGUUCUUGAUGGAGACAUUGAUCCUAUGUGGAUUGAAUCCCUCAAUACUGUCAUGGAUGAUAACAAGGUUUUGACGUUGGCCAGUAAUGAGCGUAUUCCUCUGACCCCGUCCAUGCGUCUGCUGUUUGAAAUCAGCCAUCUGCGCACAGCCACCCCUGCCACUGUGUCACGUGCUGGUAUCCUCUUUAUCAACUCCACUGAUCUUGGCUGGAACCCGUUUGUUCAGAGUUGGAUCGAUACACGUGAGGUGCAAUCAGAGAAGGCCAACCUGCUCAUUUUGUUUGACAAGUAUGUGCCCCUGUGUCUUGAGACAAUGAAGCACAGGUUCAAAAAGAUCACACCCAUAGUGGAGAUCAGUCAUGUGCAGAUGUUGUGCCACCUUCUGGAGUGCCUCCUUACCCCAGAGAAUGCCCCACCAGAUUGCCCCAAGGAACUGUAUGAGCUCUACUUUGUGUUUGCUGCUGUCUGGGCCUUUGGUGGCUGUACCUUCCAAGAUCAGCUUGUGGACUAUCGUGUAGAAUUCACCAAAUGGUGGAUAACAGAGUUUAAGACCAUCAAGUUCCCAGCCCAGGGCACUCUGUUUGACUACUACAUUGACAAUGAGACACACAAGUUUGAGCCGUGGACCAGGAUGGUGCAGAAGUUUGAGUUGGAUCCAGACCAGCCACUCCAGGCUGCCCUUGUGCACACAUCCGAGACAACAAGAGUAAAAUGGUUCUUAGACAUGCUGGUUGACAAGAAGCACCCUGUCAUGCUGGUGGGAAAUGCUGGGACAGGCAAGACAGUACUCAUGAAUGACAAGCUACGCAGUCUGUCUGAGGACUUCAUGGUCGCAAAUGUGCCGUUCAACUUUUACACAACCUCGCACAUGUUGCAAGGUGUGCUUGAGAAGCCUCUGGAAAAGAAGGCUGGUCGCAACUUCGGUCCCCCAGGCACACGUCGUCUCAUCUACUUUGUUGAUGAUAUGAACAUGCCGGAGGUGGACAAAUACUUCACAGUGCAGCCCCACACACUCAUGAGGCAGCACAUUGACCACAGCCAUUGGUAUGAUAGGGCCAAGCUCACCCUCAAGGAAAUCCACAACACCCAGUAUGUCGCCUGCAUGAACCCAACAGCUGGUAGCUUUACUAUUGACUCACGUUUACAGAGACAUUUUGCUGUCUUCUCUGUGAACUUCCCGAACCAAGAGGCCCUUACUACGAUCUACACGAGUAUUCUGUCCCAGCAUCUGGCUCUCAACGGUUUUGCAGGAAAUGUUCAGAAGUACUCGUCUACGCUCAUUGUCGGUGCUCUGGCACUUCACAACAAGGUGACCUCCACCUUCCUGCCCACUGCUAUCAAGUUUCACUACGUCUUCAAUCUCCGAGACCUGUCGAACAUCUUCCAGGGAGUGUUGUUUGCAAUGCCGGACUGCGCGAAGACGCCUGUGGACUUGGUGCGCCUAUGGAUGCAUGAGUCAGACCGCGUGUACCGGGACAAACUCGUCGAAGAGAAUGAUAUGGAGUCAUAUGACAAACUCAGGAAGGACGUCAUCAAAAAGUCGUUUGAGGACUUAGAUGAGAAUGCCCUGUACAAGGAGCCUGUGAUAUUCUGCCACUUUGCCUCAGGUAUCGGUGAGGCAAAGUAUUUGCCUGCAGAGGGCUGGACUGAGCUUAACAAGAUCCUGGUUGAGGCACUUGACAACUACAAUGAACUGAAUGCUGCAAUGAACCUCGUGCUGUUUGAAGAUGCCAUGAGCCACAUCUGUAGAAUCAACCGCAUCCUGGAGUCUCCUCGGGGUAAUGCCCUUCUGAUCGGUGUGGGUGGCAGUGGUAAGCAGAGCUUGUCACGCCUGGCUGCGUUCAUCAGUAGCUUAGAUGUGUUCCAGAUAACCCUAAGAAAGGGUUACUCCACUGCUGAUUUGAAGGUUGAGCUGGCACAGCUGUAUCUGAAAGCUGGGCUGAAGAACAUGGGGCUCGUGUUUCUCAUGACAGACGCCCAGGUGGCUGACGAGAGGUUUCUUGUAUUGAUAAACGACCUACUGGCCUCUGGUGAGAUCCCAGACCUGUUUGCUGAUGACGAAUAUGAGAACAUUAUCAAUGGUGUGAGGAACGAGGUGAAAGGUCUCGGUAUGGAAGACUCUCGUGACAACUGCUGGAGCUUCUUUAUUGAUAAAGUCCGCAGAACACUCAAGGUUGUGCUUUGCUUCUCACCUGUGGGAGCCACCCUGCGUGUGCGUAGCCGCAAGUUCCCGGCCCUACACUGUACCAGCAUUGACUGGUUCCAUGAGUGGCCAGAAGAGGCCUUAAUCUCUGUAUCUGGAAGAUUCUUGACAGAAGGGUCUGAACUUCCUCCUGACCUCUGCGACUCAAUUUCCCACUUCAUGGCCUAUGUUCACAAGUCUGUGAAUGAGACAAGUGCACAGUACCUGUCCAAUGAGAAGCGCUAUAACUAUACAACUCCCAAGAGUUUCUUGGAACAAAUUGCCCUCUACCAGAACCUUCUACGAAAGAAGAACACAGAUCUGCAGGCUAAGAUCAUACGUCUGGAGAAUGGUCUUGAGAAGCUUAAGAGUACAGCACAGCAAGUAGAUGACUUGAAAGCCAAGCUGGCUUCCCAGGAGGUGGAACUGGCCCAGAAGAAUGAGGAUGCCAACAAGCUGAUCGCUGUGGUCGGAGCAGAAACUGAGAAAGUGUCCAAGGAGAAGGCAAUUGCAGAUGAGGAGGAAAAGAAGGUGACUAAGAUCAAUGAUGAAGUCACAAAAAAGGCUAGAGACUGUUCUGCCGACCUGGCGAAGGCUGAACCUGCCCUUCUUGCUGCAAAGGAGGCCUUGAACACUCUGAACAAGGGCAAUCUCACUGAGCUGAAGUCCUUUGGUACCCCACCCCCAGCUGUAGUUAAUGUGACCGCUGCCGUGAUGUGUCUGCUGGCCCCAGGAGGAAAGGUCCCCAAGGACAAGAGCUGGAAGAAUGCUAAGAGCACUAUUAUGUCUAAGGUUGACCAAUUUUUGGAUAACCUUGUGAACUAUGACAAAGACAACAUCCAUGAGAACUGCCAGAAGGCUGUGCAGCCAUACCUCAAUGACCCAGAGUUUGAACCAGAUUUCAUCCGCUCCAAGUCACUUGCUGCUGCUGGUCUGUGUUCAUGGGUGAAAAACAUUAUGACCUACUACGUAGUGUUUUGUGAUGUGGAGCCAAAGAGAAUUGCCCUGAACCAGGCCAAUACUGAUCUGAACACAGCCAGAAAACUGAAAGUGAUCACCAAUAAGAUCAACCAGCUGGAAUCAGAGCUCAAGACAUUGACUGAUGAGUUUGAAAAGGCCACAAAUGAGAAGCUUCGCUGUCAGCAGGCUGAGACCACAGCAAAAACUAUUGAACUGGCCAACCGUCUUGUUGGGGGUUUGGCUUCUGAGAAUGUCAGAUGGGCAGAUGCUGUGAGCAACUUCAGAGUGCAAGAGAAGACCCUGCCUGGCGACGUCCUUCUCAUCACAGCUUUUGCAUCAUAUGUUGGCUGCUUUACCAAACAGUAUAGGCUUCACUUGCUGGAUGACUGCUGGUUCCCCUUCCUGAAAACUCUAAAGAACCCAAUCCCCGUAUCUGAAGGCCUGGAUCCACUAUCUAUGCUAACAGACGAUGCUACUAUUGCCUCCUGGAACAAUGAAGGCUUGCCCAGUGACAGGAUGUCCACAGAGAACGCCACCAUUUUGACUAACUGUGAACGCUGGCCCCUAAUGAUCGACCCUCAGCUGCAGGGAUCCAAGUGGAUCAAGACCCGCUACGGUGAAGACCUGAAAAUUGUCCAUCUGGACAAGAAGGGCUACUUAGAUGCAAUAGAAAGGGCCGUCUCAAAUGGAGAUGUAGUACUUAGAAACAUGCAAGAAUCAAUUGAUCCUGUAUUAGAUCCUCUAGUUGGAAGAAAUACCAUCAAGAAGGGGCGUGCUAUCAAGAUGGGUGAUAAAGAGGUUGAAUAUCAUCCUGACUUCCGACUCAUCAUGCACACAAAGUUGGCCAACCCUCACUACAAGCCUGAAAUGCAGGCCCAGACUACCCUUAUCAACUUCACUGUGACCAGGGACGGCCUUGAGGAUCAAUUGCUGGCAGAUGUUGUGAGUAAGGAGCGUCCCGACUUGGAGAAACUGAAGUCAGAUCUAACGAGGCAGCAGAACCAGUUUAAGAUCACCCUGAAGGAGCUAGAGGACAAUCUGCUUGCCCGUCUGUCUGCGGCUGAGGGUAACUUCCUGGGAGACUACGCCCUUGUGGAGAACCUUGAAACAACUAAAAGGACCGCUGCAGAGAUUGAGGUGAAGGCUGAAGAGGCAAAGAAAACUGAGAUAGAAAUCAACCUCGCUCGUGAGCACUACCGUCCAGCAGCUGCACGUGCCUCCCUGCUCUACUUCAUUCUUAAUGAUCUCAACAAGAUCAACCAAAUGUACCAGUUUUCACUCAAGGCAUUCAGUGUUGUGUUUGAGAAGGCCAUUGACCGUUCUGAGCCUGCGGAGGAGGUGAGGGUCCGUGUGAUAAACCUGAUAGACUGCAUCACAUUCUCCGUAUACACUUACACCACCAGGGGUCUAUUUGAGAAGGACAAACUCAUAUUCACCACACAGAUGUGCUUCCAGAUCAUGCUGAUGAGCAAAGACAUCAACCCAUCAGAGCUAGACUUUCUGCUGCGCUUCCCGGCCAUCCCAAAUGUCACCACACCAGUUGACUUUCUAUCGAACAAUGGCUGGGGAGGAAUCAAGUCGUUGGCAAACAUGGAGGAGUUCAGGAACCUGGACCGUGACAUCGAGGGUUCUGCUAAGCGCUGGAAAAAGUUUGUGGAGAGUGAGUGUCCGGAGAAGGAGAAGUUCCCACAGGAAUGGAAGAACAAGUCCUCCCUGCAGAAACUAUGCAUGAUGAGAGCCCUCAGACCUGACAGAAUGACAUAUGCCCUCAGGUUGUUUAUUGAGGAGAAGAUGGGAACCAAGUUUGUUGAGGGUCGUGCCACUGAGUUUGCGAAGUCUUACGAGGAGUCAGGUAUCGGAACCCCAAUCUUCUUUAUCCUGUCGCCAGGCGUGGAUCCACUCAAGGACGUAGAGAAACUAGGUAACAAGCUGCAGUUCACUGCAGACAACGGCAACUUUCACAAUGUGUCCUUGGGUCAGGGUCAGGAGGUGGUCGCAGAACAGAAGAUGGAGCUCGGAUCAAAGGAGGGGCACUGGGUCGUCCUGCAGAAUGUGCACUUGGUGGCCAAGUGGUUACCAAAACUGGAGAAGCUGGUAGAUCAAUACUCUGUAAGCAGCAAUGAGAAUUAUAGGCUGUUCGUGAGCGCAGAGCCCUCGGCCACCGCAGAGUCCCACAUCAUACCUCAGGGCAUCCUGCAGGCAUCCAUCAAGAUCACUAACGAGCCCCCAUCAGGCAUGAUGGCCAACCUGCACAAGUCCCUUGACAACUUCUCACAGGAAACCCUCGAGAUGUGUGCGAGGGAGACGGAGUUCAAGUCAAUCCUGUUUUCCCUGUGCUAUUUUCACGCAGUGGUGUGUGAGCGUAGGAAGUUCGGUGCUCAGGGCUGGAACAGAGUAUAUCCCUUCAACACUGGAGAUCUCACCAUCUCUGUCAACGUCCUUUACAACUACUUGGAGGCAAACCCCAAGGUUCCAUGGGAGGACUUACGGUACCUGUUUGGAGAGAUUAUGUAUGGCGGUCACAUCACAGACGAUUGGGACAGGAACCUGUGCCGGACCUAUCUGCAGGUGUACAUGCACCCAGAUAUGUUGGAAGGUGAGCUUUACCUGGCCCCAGGCUUCCCGGUGCCGUCCAACAUGGACUACAAGGGAUAUCACAACUACAUAGACGAGUGCCUGCCCCCUGAGACCCCCUACCUGUACGGCCUCCACCCCAACGCCGAAAUUGAGUUCCUCACAAACAUCUCUGAGAAUCUGUUCAGGAUCGUGUUUGAGAUGCAGCCUCGUGACUCCGGCGCCGCUGCUGCUGGGGGAGUGACCAGAGAGGAAAAGAUCAAGGGUAUCCUAGAUGAGAUCUUGGAGAAGCUGCCGGAAGAGUUCAACAUGAUUGAGAUCAUGGGCAAGGUGCCGCCAGAGGAGAGGACGCCCUAUGUCGUGGUCGCUUUCCAAGAAACUGAGAGAAUGAAUGGACUCACCUCGCAGAUCAGGCGCUCUCUCAAGGAACUGGAUCUUGGUCUUAAGGGUGAGCUGACUAUCACGGCAGAUAUGGAGGAGCUUGGUAACGCUCUUUUCCUUGACAUGGUGCCCGCAUCAUGGUCCGUGAAGGCCUACCCGUCCCUGAUGUUACUCGGUGCCUGGUACGUCGACCUGCUGCAGAGGGUGAAGGAGCUGGAGACGUGGACAUCAGAUUUCCAACUGCCAGCAGCCGUUUGGCUUGGAGGAUUCUUCAACCCGCAGUCCUUCCUUACCGCCAUCAUGCAGCAGAUGGCCAGGAAGAAUGAAUGGCCACUCGAUCGCAUGUGUCUGCAGUGUGACGUAACAAAGAAGUCCCGCGAAGACAUGGCUGGCCCGCCGCGUGAGGGCGCCUACAUACACGGUCUGUACAUGGAGGGUGCCCGCUGGGACAUGCAGACCAGCAUGAUCAACGAGGCUCGCCUCAAGGAGCUGGCCCCGCCUAUGCCCGUCAUCUUCCUCAAGGCCAUCCCUGUGGACCGCCAGGACGUCAGGAACAUUUACGAGUGCCCCGUCUACAAAACGAAGACCCGUGGUCCCACGUAUGUUUGGACAUUCAACCUGAAGACAAAGGAGAAGCCUAGUAAGUGGAUCCUUGGCGGUGUUGCCCUCCUCCUACAAGUCUAAACAUGGACAAUCACGAACAUUAUUUGUGCGUGUUGAACGCCACUUAUUGACAAUAUUGUGUACGCCACCAAACACAAGAACGUUAAUUUGAUUUAUAAAAACACUCAAAGAUAUUGAGAUAAAUUGAAAUUAUCCAAAUUCAUUAGAAUUUGAUAGCUGAAAUGACCCAUAAGUUUUGUUUUGCGAAUACGAAUCUGUGAAUGACUGACUGUUUGAUGAACCUUGUUGCUGUGUGCUUCAAUAGUUGUUUUGAUGUUUUGCACUUGUUAUAAUUUAUUUUAGUGUAUGUGCACAUUUAUUUAUUUAAUGCAGUUGGUUGCUCAUAAUACAUGCGUUUUGUGCAUGUCUACAUUAUAUAUUAUCCUGUCCGUCCAAAACCUACAGUUGUAAAAUUGAUAAGUAUUGAGAACAUGUUUGUCAAUGCUCGUUACAAAACAAUUAGUGUUUAUAUACAUACAAAGAUAAUAUUGCAUUUACGGUAUUAAACUAUUUGUGAACGGUACAA